UUGGCGGCACCUUUCGCGAACAUGACUGGCGGCGUGAAGACAGGCCCUGUGUAUGCGUUGGGGAUUGAAGGCAGCGCGAAUAAGCUCGGCGUGGGAGUGCUGAUCCUCCAUCCCGACGGUAGCUGCGAGAUCCUCAGCAACCCGCGGAAGACGUACAUUCCUCCGGCAGGCCAGGGCUUCUUGCCGCGCGAGACAGCGUGGCACCACCAGGUUCACUUUGCGCCGCUCGUGCGUCUAGCUCUCACGCAAGCCAAGAUCAAACCGUCCCAGUUGCACUGCAUCUGCUACACAAAGGGACCCGGCAUGGGUGCGCCCCUUCGUUCCGCCGCCGUCGGCGCCCGCAUGCUGUCGCUGCUGUGGAAGAAACCACUUGUGGCGGUCAACCAUUGCGUGGGCCACAUUGAGAUGGGGCGCGCUGUGACCAAGAGCGACGACCCCGUCGUGCUAUACGUGAGUGGCGGCAACACGCAAGUGAUCUCGUACAGCACGCAAAAAUACCGCAUAUUUGGCGAGACCAUCGACAUCGCCGUGGGCAACUGCCUCGAUCGCUUUGCGCGGGUGUUAAACCUGUCAAACGACCCGAGUCCGGGCUACAACAUCGAGCAACUCGCGAAAUCCGGCACCAAGUACAUUGAACUGCCAUAUGUCGUGAAAGGAAUGGACGUGUCGUUCUCGGGUCUGUUGUCGUUUAUUGAAAAGGAAGCCAGGCAGAAGCUGGCCACAGGUGAAUGCACCAAAGCUGACCUGUGCUAUUCGCUGCAGGAAACCAUCUUUGCCAUGCUGGUCGAGAUCACGGAACGCGCGAUGGCGCAUUGCGGGCAGAGCCAGGUGCUGAUCGUCGGCGGCGUCGGAUGCAACAAGCGGCUCCAGGAGAUGAUGGAGCUGAUGGCCGCAGAUCGCGGCGGCAGCGUCUGCGCGAUGGACCACCGCUACUGCAUUGACAACGGCGCCAUGAUCGCUCAAGCCGGCGCCCUCCAGUUCCAAUCGGUCGGCCCCACGCCCCUCGUUGACUGCACGUGCACCCAGCGGUACUUUACACCAAGGACAGGAUUCAAAACCAGUGUUGAUGGGGGAUGUAGGUUCCGGACGGACGAGGUGGACGUGGUGUGGCGCACCACCUAGAUCACAUACUAACUAGUAGGGGCGCGACCAGGGUACAGUAGUUCAGGUUUAGAAGCGUUGAAUAAUCUACGCAAUAUACAUAUUCCCA